CAGCAGCGAAGGCCAAGGUUUCCGUGCUUGGAUGCCCCUGCCCGUGCUUCAGUCACCACCAUUAAAGCUGCUGGACACUGCAGAUGAUCGGGCUACUUCAGAGCUGAGCCUGGCAGAAUCUGUGCCCUACCUUGAGAGCCCGCUGUCUCCUCUGGAGUUUCAUCGGGAAUGGGUAUGUCCAAACAAGCCCUGCAUCAUUCGCAAUGCUUUCGAUCAUUGGCCAGCUCUGAAGAAGUGGACGCUGCCCUACCUCAGGGAGGUAAUGGGCUCCAAGGUGGUGAGUGUGGCUGUAACACCAAAUGGUUAUGCCGAUGCAGUUUAUCAAGACCGGUUUGUUAUGCCAGAAGAGCGACACAUGCCUUUCAGCAGCUUCUUGGACAUCGUGGAGAAGAAAGUGACAUCUCCUGGUGUCUUCUAUGUGCAGAAGCAGUGUUCAAACCUAACUGAGGAGUUCCCUGAGCUCUUGGGUGAUGUGGAGCCUGACAUACCAUGGAUGAGUGAGGCACUAGGAAAAAAGCCUGAUGCUGUGAAUUUCUGGCUUGGGGAGUCUGGUGCUGUGACAUCCUUACAUAAAGAUCACUAUGAGAACUUGUACUGUGUGAUCUCUGGAGAGAAGCACUUUCUACUGCAUCCACCCAGUGAUCGUCCCUUCAUCCCAUAUGAAUUCUACCUCCCAGCAACAUACCACAUAUCAGAAAAUGGCUCAUUUCAGGUUGUAGAUAAAGAUGCUGUGGACAAGGUACCAUGGAUUCCAGUGGAUCCUUUAAAUCCAGAUCUAAAACUAUACCCAGAGUAUGACCAGGCAAAGCCUUUGCAUUGCAUAGUAAAAGCUGGUGAGAUGUUGUACCUCCCUUCACUGUGGUUCCAUCAUGUUCAGCAGUCACAUGGCUGUAUAGCAGUGAAUUACUGGUAUGACAUGGAAUAUGACCUGAAGUACAGCUAUUAUCAACUACUAGAUUCUCUCUCUGAGGCUGUGAAACUGGUGUAGCAGAGAAAGGAGACUUGGGGCUCAUAACUUUUCUGUCUGAUGUAAUAGACUCCUGUUCCUGGGGUAAUAUUAUGCUUGAGCCAGAAGAACGGAACAUGAAUUAAAUGGAUGACUGUGUUGUUUGCCUUUGGAGAUGACAUCAUACAGAAGUUUGGUGAAAUUUCAGGCCGGUUGGUUGCAUUUUGUGUUUUGACAAGAGAAUACUUGACCUCAUUUUUAAGCCUUUGCAAUUUGCCUCAGGUUUCACAAGUGAAACAAAAUUUUAACGGACCUAGUCCAGGUUUUGGAAACUCACAAAUGCAAACCUUCUCCCUUUUAUAAAGUCUGCAGAGAAUAUGCAGAGUGGUACCCAAGAGGUCUGUUUGUUAAGUGGCAGAAUAAUGAAGGGAAAAAGCUCUGGCAUAAAUAAUGGAAUUGGCCCAGGACUUGGGUUCAUUACAAGACAGCACUGCUUCUUGUUUUCAGGGGUGGUACCUAUUGCUUUGAAAUAGUGUUGUAAAAAAGUCAGUCUACAACUUAUUUAUAUUUUUGUUAGAGGCCCUACAUGAGAUAUGGGAGUGGGGUUGACAGAAAAUCAUGGGCUAAUUGUGAUUGUUUUCAGUGUUGCCAUAUACACUUCAUCGUCCAGAUAGCCAGGCAUUGUGGUGGGUUGUGGGGGUGUAAGAGGGAAGAUGUUUCUUCAGUUAUUUUUAUAGCUAUAGUUUUCAGUUUCCUCAGCAGUGACUUAACUGUGAGACUCCAAUUCCAUCUUGGCCCCACCAACAGAAAAUCCCAUUUGCCAAAGCAUGGCAUGAAUAAGCAGCCUUUUACUAAUGGGGCCCACGGCUUCUGACCCAGCUACUGCCUUGGGCUACCAGUCCCCUGGCUGCUGUUUCAGCUGUUCAUGCUUUGUGUAGAAGGCUCAGCUGUCUUGCUGCCCCCCUCAAUGCAGUCUUUCCUGAAAAAUGUGCUGCUAAAAAGUGUGGUGAAUGCGGAUUUGAAGUGGCUUUUAGGGUGAUGAUGAUAAGUAGUGGCUGCAGCGGGGAGUGAGAGCACGGCCCUCCACAGAGAGCAAGGAAAGUUGGAGCAGCACCAAGGGAUCAGUCUACCAUUUAAUAAAAUAUGGAGUACAGAAGAUAGGCUAGAUCAGUAGGCUGGGCAGCAGCUGGAGAUUGGCAGGUUGUUAGUUUAACAUAGAUUGAAACAGACCUUCAUGAGCCCAGUCCAGUCUCUUACCUGGCUGGAUGUGGCCCAUGAGCUAUAGGUUUCCAACCCCUGAUCUGUAGGUUUGGUAAGGAAACUGUGAUGCUAUGUUAUAUCAGCUGGGGUAGAUGAUCAUAAAUUCUUAUUUACUUAAAACCUUUGAAAUGCAUGAUCAGGCAAGCUGUGUGAAUUAACUGUGUAGACAAAGGCUGCCUAGACAUGUGCUUGGGGGUGGGGGCUGUUUUAAUUAAAGCAGUUCCUGGACGGCUGCUCUUAUUAAAAUGGCUCACUGUCAUGUGUAUUAAACCCUUGUGUGUUUCAAAAUGGCCACGAGUCACUUAAAAGUUCAUUAGAUGAGGUUUAGAUAAAGUGCUCUGUGGUCAUUUUGAAGUGUGUGGGGGUCUUAAUAUACAUGACGGUGAGGUGAUGUUGGAGCAUUCUAAUUACAGCGAGGACUAGCAUCUCUGUAGGUACCCGUAGGCACUUAAAUGAUGACUUGCGUAAAAUGUAGUCAAAGUACUCACGCUUGCAUUAUUGAGCCCGACUACUAAAUAUAUAGACAGUUCAAAAGAUGUAGCAAGCAACAUUCUUAUUAAUAACACGUGACACUCUUUGAAUUUUGAAUAACAUCACCAGUCUUCAAAGGUACAUACAGAUGUCAGGGGUAUAUUGGCAGCAGCUGAUUUUUACAUACUGCAAGGCAGGAAAAAAAUCCUUUAAUCUUUGUUCUAAUGUUUCUUAUGAAACAAAUGAAUUGUGAGCUUUACUUCUAGUUCUCGCUGAGCAUUUACUGAAAAUCAGAGAUGGAUUCAUAACUAGUUUAGAACCUCAGGUAGCCUGGAAUUCAGGCCUGUCAUAGUCACUCUACCUUUAUGGAGGAUCUCAAGCCAUGAGGUUCCCAGAUCAUUUGAGAGUCAAAUCCAAACUUCUCCAGAGCGUGGAAGGAGAAAGGGCUUGGAUCUUUUUUUCUAAUUUGGCUCCAUUUGUUUUGUGUGUGUGUGCAUGCGCACCGUCUAUCUCUCUUUCCCCCCCACCCCCAUGUGUACACACACAAGUAACUAAAAUAAAAAAAUAAAAUCCCUAGAAUAUAGAUAUGAUAUGUAUUCUAGAAUGGAUAUAAGCUUUAUAGAUAAUGUUAGAGUUUCAAGUAUAUGGUUGCAGGCACUGUGUAAUCUGCCCAUAUCUUGCCAGCAUGCCACUGGAUGAAGCCCCUAUUGAAUGGAAGGUGCCCAUCAUGGCCAGUUGGUUUUGUGGUGUCACUUGCAUACUACUAAUCUCUCAUCUUGUUUUUACUGUGAGUUAGGAUCUGAUCCUGAGAGUUGCUUAUUGCCAAAUAAUAAAACCAGUGGGAGUUGCAUGUGCUCAGCAGCUCUUAGGGUCACAACUUUAAGCUGGUGUAGGCGUGAAUGAAAGUUUUUUGAGAUGAAAUCCUAGUGUAUUUGCCCACGUCUGCGCAGCAUUGGGACAAACAUGGCAGCAAGGGUAUUGUGGCAUGGUUGAGAAUUGGUGUCCUAAAAAAACAAGGAUUCUGACAUCAAAGAGAGAAUCUAGAAAUGGGAAGGUCAUCAUGGGCGUAUGAUGUACUAAGAAUUUGAUGAGAAUGUGACAUUUUGUGUACGGACAAAGCAUCAUCAUUAUCUGCAUGACUGCCUUCAUCUAGAAAGUGUCCCAUUGCAACACUGGGAGGUCCUGCACACACUGCUCCCCUGGUAGCUUGUCUGCUGCUUCCUAUAGAUUCUGUUUCAACUCCAAUGUCUGUCGAGUUAAAGCAGCCCAGUAACCUUCUCAUCUG